CACAGAAACAGCAUUAAAGGGAAAACAGUUCAGACCUGAGAGAGGACAAGAGAGGAGUAUGGAGGGGAUUAGCAGUGUUGGCAUUAGCACCAGAGUUAUGAGCAGACAGCACAAAGCGGAAGCUAUGAUUGCAGGAGAACAACUCCGAUUGCGUCUGCAUUUUGGAAAGCUGAUAAAGGACCGGCGGGUCCACCUGAGGACAUACCCAAACUGCUUUGUAGCGCAGGAGCUGGUGGACUGGCUGACCAUUCACAAAGAAGUGCCAGACCGGGACACUGCUGUUAAAGUGAUGCAGCGAUUAAUGGACCAUGACAUCAUACACCACGUGUGUGAUAAAUGGCCAAUGUUCAAAGAUGCAAAGUUGCUUUACCGCUUCCGCAAGGAUGAUGGGACAUUCCCCUUCAGCACUGAGGAGAAAGUCUUCACGCGUGGACAGAGUUUAUACGAACAUCUUCUGUCAAGCAGAGAGUGUCUCCUGCAGGUGCGAGAGGAGAAGGGCGUGCUUUAUAAACGCUGUUUUGCGGGGUUCCAGCUGAUUGAUUGGCUGCUGCAGAAUGGAGAGGCAGAGAGCAGGAGUGAGGGGGUGGAGUUAAGCAGGACACUGCUGGAGCACGGCAUCAUCCAACAUGUCUCUCUGAAGCAUCAUUUCUUUGACAGCGGGCUGCUGUAUCAGUUCUGUGUGAAUUUUCGCCGCCGCCGGCGACUGGCAGAGCUGUUCGAAGUGGAACAAGACGGUGAGGUCAUGAUCCCCAUGGAAGACCAGGCGGAUAGUCCAUUCAUCCUGCGCAGGACACCCCCGCCUGGCAGAAAUGCAAACUUCCUCUCCGGUAGUGUAGUUUCUCAACUCAUUGACCUAUAUUUGGUCCACAUUUGUACUCGAACCCAGUUCCUAACAUACCUAAUCACAGAAUACCUGGUACCUGGAUGGACUUCCAGUGCAAAUGAAGCCACAAAUGAUGAAAAUUUUGUCAAAGGUGGACGACGCAGUAGUCUGACGCAUCAGCUUCACAACUCCAAUGGGUUUAUGGCUCUUAAUUCAGUCUACGCUGCUCCUGGGGUCAGAUCCAACCCUAAAUCAGUACUGAAGCGGGCUGUAACGUGUGAGGAAUUACUGUCCCCCGGAGCUCCGUACAUUAAAAAAGUGCUUACUAUCCUGGGGGACGUUCUGGGCUGGGGCUUUGUGGUGCGAGGGAAAUCGCCUUGUUAUGUGCAAGCUGUGGACCCAGGAAGCCCUGCUGCAGUAGCAGGAGUUAAGGUGCGGCAGUUUGUGUGCCGGGUGAAUGGCCUCAGCGUUCUCCAUCUGGAUUACUGCGCUCUCUCAAAGCUGGUGAUGACGGGACCCCGAGUGGUAACUCUGGAGGUGAUGGAGCCCCAGGACUGAUUAUCUCUCUCUCUCUCUCUCUCUCUCUCUC